AUACACCUCAGUGUACAGAGUCACAGACUCAAGAACCAAUAGACAAAUAUCUAUUAACGCUUGCGCUCUCUCUCUCUCUCUCUCUCUCUCUCUAUAUCUGUAUCCCUACUUCGCCUCUGUUUCAUUUCUUACAAACCCACCACACUCUUCAAAGCUCAAACACUCCUUAAGGUUAAGGCCAAUCCUUCUUUUGCUCAAUCUCAAUCUUUCAUCAUCUGGAGUUUUUCUUCUGAGGGCUUUAGCAUAUUCCAUUCCUUGAGUCUCAUGCUGGAUAUGCCAACCCUGUUGUUAUCCUCAUUUCAGAUAUCCUUGUUUGUAUGAUCACAACUUCUCUGAGGAUUUUAAGACCAUGGGUAGAGGUAGAAAGGGUAAAAAAUUAACUGUUACCAAUCAUGAGGAUCCUGCAAGUGGUGAGGAUGAAAAAGUUCCCAUGCAAAAGAGAAGAGGGAGGCCACAAAAGCCGCUAAAGGAUGACUUUGACGAAGAAGAAGUAGAGAAAAUAGAAGACGACAAUGACAAUGUCAAGAAUGGAAUCUCCAACAAAGAGAUGAAAAGUCCAACUGCAGCAGAAAACGGGAGGAAAAGGAAGCGAAACUUGCAGGUAAAAGAGAAACUAGACUCAGUUGAGGAAGAAAAUGGCAUUGGAAAUGGAUCAAGCACAACUGAUGAGUUGACAAAGUCCAAUGGUUUUAGGCAUAAUGGAAGCAGGCGCAAGAGCACGCCACGGCGAGCUGCAGAAGCAGGUGUGCAGUGCAAGUGAGAACAAUGAAAGUUGUGCAAUAGCUUUCUUCCUUUGUCAUAUUAUCAGUUACAAUCAUGAGAUAGGAAGUGAGGCCUAGUGUCAUUUAUUUCAUUUACUGGUUUUGUCUCUUUGUUCUUAUUUUUAGCUUCCUUUUUUUUUUCCUGGGUGAGUCUGAUUUGAGGGGUUCCAUUUGGUGGUGCCCUAUCAUUAAUUCCUUUUUUUCUUUAUUUCAAUCAUGAAUUUGAGAGUUUACAAUGCUGGCUGUUGUCUUAUAAUGCUAAAAUACUUCGAGUUUAAAUUUUUUUUUUCUACUUUUACUUUCAA